GAUGACCUAUCAUCCUACCCCUUUAAGCCAUCAAAACAACCGUUCUCUCUCCAUUGACAGUACGCACUACAACAUAUCAUCACUACAAUUCUGUCCCUGCACGAGAAAUGUCCGACCACGAUGUCCCCGCGUUCGAUGUCUACUUCAUCUUCCAGAAACAGGAGCUGAAGCUUGUCUUCAACUCGACAACCCAAGCAAAUGCAUACCAGGCCUCAAACCGCGAGGGUCGCAUCUUCGCCGCGGAGCCCACCGCUGUCUACCUCCCUCACUCCCCAGCCAUGACCUAUCUCCGCGACAGCAGCAGUGGUCUGGUAAUUGGCUUCGCGACCUCCGAAGACGCAGAGACAUGGUGCCGCACCUCCAUUCUCGGCCAUAUCUACUCGUCAGAACCAUCACCUGAAGUUCGCAUCAGACGCAACUGGACGGACGAAGAGCUGGAUGAGGUGCUUCGCAUUCAGUCCAACCCGAAUGUCUUUCGAAAAAGUGUCCCCUUCACCCUGCGCCCUGCCAUGCCACCAAGCAUCACUCCUCCCGCAAGCAAUUCCUCUUCCUCUACCACUACCUCGAGAGCCCCGAGUGGUCAGUUCGCACCGCCUCCGUGGGCACAGGUCUCGCUGAACCUGGAUUCCGAUUCUCCGCCAGCUACGACGUUGACCCCACCGAAUCAAUAUCAACUGCCAAGCACAUACUCGCCAGUAUCGGAUCAGCCACCCAGGGGAAGUAUCAUAGCGUACCCCGGUCCACAGGCACCACGCGCACAAUCCUACGCCGCACCUUCAGAGACAGGGAACGGGCCAGCGCAAAGGAAGCUUAUUCCACAGGUCGACGAGCUGGGAGUCGCUCCUCUCCGACCUACACAUAUUUCACCGAGAACGUCCAGCACGAGUCUUCAUCGUGUAUCAGUUCAGUAGACUUUCGGGAAAGGGAAAUGAAUGGGACGAUUUACAUAGCGAUGGCGUUUAAUGUUGAAGGUAAUGCAGUUUUGCAUAAUUCUUUCUAUUGUUGGGUUAUUAUAAUAAAACAGUCGUUAAGAAGAGAAUAAGAGUUGAUCAGCGGUCUAUCGCCGUUCAUCGUAGGUGCUGCAAUAGAGGGGGUUUUCCUCUGCUGUAGCACCUCAUUAAUCAUGUUUGCGUUAUUGAACACAGCGCAUCCGACAUUAUAACCAUCGAAUCAGCAUGAUCGGAGUAAUUAUAAGGUUCGAUAGUCAUCUAUAGAUAACCAAACUUCCCCUCAAUACUGACGAUCCGGCCAAGCAUCAUACAAGCCCUCGGACACAGUCACGUUGGAGAACGCAACACCACCCACACCAUUAUGGAAGAAGCUGAUGUUAGUGGAGUUGGCGUACCAGGAACUAUCCUCACGUUAGCAUCACCACA